AUGCUUGCAAAAACACCAGGUACCAAAGAAGUUUCGACGUUACGAAACAUAUUCUCGCAACAACAGCCUCAAGCUCAACUUCCAAAACCUCAAAAACCCGAACUUUACUUUCAAUUCCCUUCUCAAUCCCAUUAUCAAUCUCAUCCUCAAUCUUAUCCUCAAUCUCAUCCUCAUCCUCGUCCUCAUUCUCGUCCUCAUCCUCAUCCUCAUCCUCAUCCUCAUUCUCAUCUUCAAAACCCUGAAUUUCAUUCACAACUUCAAUCUGAAUUUCACUCUCACUUCCACAAACAUGUUUUAUCUCAAGAAAUAUCGAAACCCGUUCAAACACCCAGUACAACAUCAGCACUAGUAAAAAAGGAUAAUAUUCCUCAUGUUAAUAUUUCUGAUUCUUCUCUACUAAAAUUGGACAAAAUAAAAUCAGAUCACCCUCAAUCAAAGUCUGGGCCAGAAGAAAAUAAGAAUAUCUAUUCUAGUAAUCCUACUUACAGCAAAGGUCGCACUAUUACUAAAGAAGAUUUAGAAAAGCUUUCUGAAGCUCUGUAUAUCAAAGAUACUAAUAACGUGAAUAGAUAUAUCAAACUGAAUUUACAAAGAAAGACGAAUAGUAACGAUACAACAGACGAUGCAUCACAACCAUUAUUCACGGUAAAUCCAAAAGCAUAUAAGAAACCCACAAUUCAAAAAGUUAUAUCAAUGUAUGAUAAAUACAAUGCUCGAGUUAAUGUACACAAUGUAAGUUCACAUCAUCGACACAAAGAGAAUGCUUUAAUAAAUACAUUUCUCAAUACCAAUGUAAUGUCCGCUGCCAUGAGAUUCUUGGCAAAGAAAGAUCAUAUAUGUAAUGAUUAUUACGAAUACAAAGACAUGUUAAGAAAAUUAUGGUUUACCCUGUACUCUCAAGAAGGAGGAAGGAUUAGCUCGGCUUUUAAACAUGUUUUCAUGUCUGAACUUAAGAAGUUAAAAACUGGAACUAAUGUGUUUGGAUUGCAUAAUUGGAUUUUCUACAGUAAAGAAGAAAGCAAAGGGAACAUAAAUUAUAAUGGAUACAUAAAAAAAAUUGACAUCGGAGAUAAAGCUUCUAUUAUCAAAGUACGGUCACAAUACAAUGGAUAUAUUAAACCGGUAACGACAUUAUUCGUGGGUACCUCACCCGAACUGGAGAUGGCACUGUACACAGUGUGUUUCUAUGCAAGGCCUAACGGAAGUUGUCCAGUGUCUCUUGGAGGAAUAAAGUUUGAUAUUUUCACUUCUAAAUUUAAGUAUAAAGAAAAGGACUUCAUAGAAACAGCCUAUCCAAAAAUAUAAAUUUAUUAAGAUAAAUUUAUUUAUAUUUUCAAGAAAACAAGAACAUAAUUUUGUAGUAUACUUGAUUACGACUAUAAAAAUUAUAUUAA